GCUCGUCACUCGGUGCUGCUAAGCCGGGAGUCUCUGGAGAGAACAAGGGGCUCAUUCAGCCUGCGGCAGCGAGGGGGAGAGGGAGAGCCGCGCUGGGCAGCGGCCAGCCGGGAGAGGGGCGCCCCGCCAGUCCGCCUGUCUUCCUCCCUCCCGCGGGAUCCCGGCCGGCUCGGCAGGCACGCAUGGCGCGGGCUCCGGGGCAGCCGCCGCAGCUGCUGCUGCUCUUGUGCCACCUGGGGCUGGCCUCCGCCUUCAACCUGGACACGGAGAACGUGGUCGUGUGGAGCGGCGAGUCCGGCAGCCUCUUCGGCUUCUCUCUGGCCAUGCACCGGCAACUGGAGCCGCAGGACAGGAGGCUAUUGCUGGUGGGAGCACCUCGACAGAGAGCUUUCAGAACACAGCAAGCCAAUAGGACAGGAGGGUUGUACAGCUGUGACAUUUUGUUACCAGAUGUGCCAUGCACACGGAUAAGAUUUGAUGAGAGAGCUGAUCCAACAAAAGAAAGCAAAGAGGACCAAUGGAUGGGUGUAACUGUCCGGAGUCAAGGGCCAGGCGGGAAAGUAGUGACCUGUGCACAUCGCUAUGAGAAAAGGCAGUACGUCAACACCAACCAAGAAACGCGUGAUAUCAUCGGGAGAUGCUACGUACUAAGUCAGGAUCUCACCAUCAAGGAUGAUGGCAUGGAUGGUGGGGAAUGGAGCUUUUGUGACGGCCGGCUGAGAGGCCACGAGAAGUUUGGUUCGUGUCAGCAAGGAGUGGCUGCCACUUUUACCAGAGACCACCAUUAUGUUGUAUUUGGGGCACCAGGUACCUACAACUGGAAAGGAGUGGUUCGGGCAGAGCAAAAAAAUCAGACAUUUUAUGACAUGGGUAUCUUUGACGAUGGGCCUUACGAAGUUGGCGAUGAGAACAGCCGCGAUGAGAACCUAGUCCCUGUUCCAGCUAACAGUUACUUAGGGUUUUCCUUGGACUCAGGAAAAGGUAUAAUUUCCAAAGAAGAUAUGACAUUUGUUUCUGGAGCCCCAAGAGCAAACCACAGUGGAGCUGUGGUCCUGUUGAAAAAAGACCGCAACACUCCAAGUGCACUGACCCUUGAGCAUAUGUUCGAAGGCGAGGGGCUGGCUUCUUCAUUUGGCUAUGAUGUGGCAGUUGUAGACCUCAACAACGAUGGUUGGCAGGAUAUAGUUGUUGGCGCUCCACAGUAUUUUGAGAGGGAUGGAGAAAUUGGAGGUGCUGUAUAUGUUUAUAUUAAUCAGCAAGGCAAGUGGGAAGGGGUAAAGCCAAUUCGGCUCAAUGGAACCACAGACUCCAUGUUUGGAAUCGCAGUUGAAAGUAUUGGUGACAUUAAUCAAGACGGUUACCAAGAUGUAGCUGUGGGAGCUCCAUAUGAUGGUUUUGGCAAGGUGUAUAUCUAUCAUGGCUCCAGCAAUGGAAUAAAUACAAAACCAGCGCAGAUUCUUGAUGGCAAAGCCGAUGACGUCUCGUUCUUUGGUUAUUCUAUUACCGGAAACAUGGAUCUUGACAGAAACUCCUAUCCUGAUAUCGCUGUUGGGUCGCUUUCAGAUUCUGUGUCUGUUUACAGGUCGAGGCCUGUGGUAAGCAUUAAGAAAACUAUCGAGCUAUCUCCAGACAAAAUUGACCUGAACAGAAAAAACUGUGCUCAGCUGAGUGGAAUUUGUAUCAAUGUUAAAGCGUGUUUCGAAUAUACAGCUAAUCCCAGUGACUUCAACCCCCCAAUAAUUAUGGACUAUACAAUUGAAGCAGAAAAGGAAAGAAAGGGAUCGCUAUCUAGAGUGCAGUUUGCGGAACACCACUCCGAUCAGUUCAAUGGAAGUGUGACUCUGGCAGGACAGAACAGGCGAGAGUGUGUGACCAAUAGGCUCAUAUUGCAGGACAAAAUUAAGAAUAAACUGCAUCCUAUUCCUGUAACAGUUGGUGUCAGAAUUAAAGGGUCUGAAUCCAGUAUGCAACCCAGCAGAAGACAAGGAAGGGCACUUCCAGAUCUUGUUCCAAUUCUAAACGCAAAUGAACCAGAAACUGUUAAAGCAGAAGUACAAUUCCUAAAAGAAGGCUGUGGAUCAGACAACAUCUGUAACAGCAAUCUGAAGCUUCACUACAGGUUCUGCACCAGGGAAGGAAGUGAAGAGAGAUUUGCUUACUUACCAAUUGAGAACGGUAUUCCAGUGCUUGUCCUGAAAGACCAGAAAGAUAUUGCCCUUGAAAUUACAGUAACAAACAUCCCAUCCGAUCCAAGACAUCCCCAGAGGGAUGGGGAUGAUGCCCACGAAGCUAAAUUAAUUGCCUCCUUUCCAGAUAGUUUGACUUACUCUGCCUUUAGGGAGCCAAAAGGCUUUCCAGACAAACAACUGACCUGUAUAGCCAAUCAGAAUGGUUCUCAAGUAGAAUGUGACCUUGGAAAUCCAUUCAAAAGAAAUUCAACAGUUACAUUUUAUAUAAUCAUAAGUACAACUAAAGUUAACGUUGAUACCCGGGAUUUGGACAUUAAUCUGAACCUGACAACAACAAGCAAUCAAGUUAAUUUGGAUCCAAUUAUUGCUACAGCUAAAGUAGUUAUUGAACUACUCCUGUCUCUGUCGGGGGUUGCAAAGCCAUCCCAAGUGUAUUUUGGAGGCAACGUCAUUGGCGAAAGUGCUAUGAAACAUGAAGAUGACAUGGGUAGCUUGAUAGAAUAUGACUUCCGAAUCACUAACUUGGGCAAACCACUUAAAACCUUUGGCACUGCUUCCUUGGAUAUCCUGUGGCCCAAAGAAAUUAAGGGAGGCAAAUGGCUGCUGUAUUUGGUGUCAAUACACUCCAAAGAAUUAGGAGAACUUCAAUGUGAACCACAAAGUGAAAUAAAUGCUAUAGGAAUUAAGACUUCAAGAGGUCCAAGGAAGAAGCGUGAAGUUGCAGAGAAGCAGACAGACGCUAGCAAAAGGUUUUCUUUGUUUUCAGAAAGGAAAUACAAGACUUUGGAUUGUGAUGGUGAAGCAAACUGUGUUACCAUAAGGUGUCCCUUGCAAGACCUGGACAGUAAGGCAUCUGUCAUGUUGCGCUCAAGACUGUGGAACAGCACUUUCCUAGAGGAAUAUUCCAAACUCAACUAUGUAGACAUUCUUCUUAAAGCUAAAAUAAACAUUGCUGCUUCUGCAGAUAACAUUAAGCUAGUAAAUGAAGCUACUCAGGUGCGGGUCACUGUCUUUCCUGCAAAGACAGUAGCACUGUAUAAAGGGGUGCCUUGGUGGAUCAUAUUAGUAGCCAUUCUUGCAGGAUUGUUAAUGCUUGCUCUGUUGGUAUUCUUACUAUGGAAGUGUGGAUUCUUCCAGCGUUCUAGGUACGAUGCCAGCAUUCCCCGAUACCAUGCUGUAAGAAUCCGGAAAGAAGAGAGGCAGAUCAAAGAUGGGAAAACUAAAGAGAAUCAUGCAAAAAAGCAGUGGGUCACAAAAUGGAAUGAAAAUGAAAGUUACUCCUGAUGAUUCCCUCUGUACUAAAGGCUGAAAUGGUUUAGAAUGUCUUUGAUUCAAACGAUUGAUGGAUAAAGACUACCCACAGCAAAAGCUGCCUUUUGUAGAUAUUUUCAGCUUAUGACAAAGCCCUUUGUUUUACAAACCUAAUUUUAAAGACUAAAAGUAACCCGUAUGCAUUAUUUAAAACUUCCAGUCUUAAAAAAGACUGCAUUCUUCGCCAGUCUUUAGAAUCAAGCCUGCCCAAGCUUUUGUUUUGUUUUUUGCAGUUAGUGUACAUUAUGCAUACAGAAACAGGAGCUGUUUUAAUUAUAAGCAGAAGAGAGGAGCUUCUCUAAUCAGGGAAAAGAGAAUUAAAGACGGUUUCAUUAUGGUGUGUGUUUUGUUUCUCCAAACUGAUUUUCAGUGUAGAUUUGAACCAACAGGAAGGCUCCCUUGCAAAGGGUCAAGUGUCGAUUCAGACUGCCUUACUGCUGUUUGGAACACAGCCAGACAUGUCCAUUCCCCCUAGUGGGUUUGUUUUCCUACAUCUUUGCAGAUAGAAUGCUGGUUGUCCAUAAGGCUUCUUUCUCCCUUCCUGCAAAGGUAAAUGCAAUAGAUGCUUCCUGGGGCUGGGAUAAAACAACCCUGAGACCCCAUAAUGGGCUCAUGAGAGCUAUGUGGGAAGGGCCUGAUGCCUAGCUGUAGUUCAAAGAAAAAUAAAGGGGGUGAUGUCAUUUUGAGGAGCAUUCAGUCUCUUUUCUCACCUUGCCUGAGUUUGAACUGCAUAAAGGUUUUGUCUCAGCUUUCUGGACUUAGCUGUCUUGCCCAGAACUUCAUAUUCUCUGCAGAUGGACCCCCCUCACCCCCACCUGAAUGAAAAAUGCUGAUAAUAUUUUCCUAACUAGAAGUGUUCCGCUGUUCGGUUCAUUGAUACUUGUUAUUUAAGUAGAGGUUGUCAGGAGGGAGGCAUCCAUUUGUAUUGAGUAUCACUUUUUAUUGGGGGAAAUAUCAUGCCAGGUUGCGCAGAUGUUCUAGAAAAAAUGUGAUACUUCUCAUGUGAAGUGGAAGAUGGUACAGUUUCUUCUCCUUGACCCAGUUGCAGACAGUGACCCUGCCUUUCUGGGGGCAGAAUAAGCAUCGACUUUGGAGCAUGCUUUUUUGCGGUCUGCUUGAGAGAAGCAAAAUUUCUGAAAUGAAAAAUGUGGCUUCUCAGAGCUGUUGCUAUCAUGCUAAGUUACCAGACUUGGAAAACGAUUUCUCUAAUCUCAGCCAUGUGGAGGCUAAUUACUCCGUUAUGAGAGGUACUGUGCAUGUGGUCAGAAGAUAUGAUUUCACCUUUCUUGGACCUGAGUCGCAAUAUUGAAAAUAGGUUCUAAUAGCAAGCUCUGGUGGGCCUUGGCGAAAAUUAAAUAUUGGGUUGGAUCUCGCCUUAAAUUUCCACCAAUGCCAACUUAUCUGCUUCCCCCACAUUAAGCCCGAAAUGCCCCCUGAAAUGCUACUUCUGUGAGUAGAAGAACCCCCAAGAAUAGUUGAGCAGCAAAGCGAUCUGCCACAGGAAGAGGGAAUUGCAACAUCACUUCCCUCUGCUUGCAAAAUUUUAGGAGGGAUUGGAUCUCUCAUUCUUUCAGUUUCAGUGAAGAAUUUUAGAAAGAAAUGGGUUGGAUUUUAAAGCAAUUUAAAAAAUACCCAUCAGUGUGCAACUAGUUUACUGACAUUUUAAAUGCUUUAUUUUUUCCUUUGUCUUUUGUGAAUUGAUAUGCAUGACAUGGCUUAAUUUAAAAAUAAAAAGCAAGUGCUGGGUUUCAGUCUUGGAAAUUAUAUUCACCCUGUCAUGCGGAAGCCAUUUUCCCUGUUCAAUGGAUAUGCACAGCACACCUGGCGUUUCUUAGUGAAGUCACUGAGGGCCAAACUAGAUGACACCAUGUCCCUGAGUCUACCACAAGGAUGUGGCGCCAUUUAGAACUCCACUGUUUAAACUUUGAAAAUGCUCUAAAGCAUGUCCCCGUGGUGGACUUGAGAAUGUGGUAUCAUCUAGUUUAGCCCUAAGGCGCUCUCUGAGUGUUUAAAGACAGUCUUUUAAAUGUUGUAGGAGUCCUUUGUAUGCAGUGGCUUUGGCAUUCCCCCCUUCCCCCCCCCCCCCCCCGGCCACUACUGCCCGGAAACUUGGAAUGUGUAGAUCUGCUGAGUCCUUGUUCUAAGGCCAUGGUGUAGUCAUGGUAGUUAGGGAGAGUGUGAUAUUAAAUGUGCAAUAGGUCAUGUUUUGAUGUUCUUUGUAAAAUCAAAUUGUGUGAAUCUGUUGCUCAUGCCAAAUAUACACAGGUCUUUUUUUUAAAAAAAAGCUUGAAUAUGGGUUGUACUUUUUGUAUAUACUGUAAGUCAUACUUGUAUAUUUAUUUUUACUAUGGAUCUUUGUCUUUGACUCACUGUUAAGCCAAAGAUUUCUAACCGAACCCUAAAACUAGUGAACAAUAGCAUAUAAUAGUUCAGUGAUAAAAACCGAACACUUUUCACCAAAUGUGCCAAUACUUUGCAUUUCAGUGACUGAAACAUUCUUGGAAAAGCUCUUUAUAUAGUUCUGGUUAUAUAAUAUGGAAGUAUUGUAUCUUCUGAAUAAUUUGUGCACUAAUGCAUACUUACAGAGGUUUUAUGUAUAAAACUUUUAUAUAACUAACUUAAUGGAACAUAUGGCAGGUGCUUCUUGGGGAGGGGUGGGGAAAGAUUUUUGAAUUCUGAAUCUGGAGCAAGAUCAACUACUGCAAAUGCUAUGACAUGUGGAACAAAACACACGUUCCGAACUAUGGAUCUAUAAUGGUCCAAUGGAAGACUACUGAAUGUUUUAAAUAAUGAAAUUUUAAUUAAGAAUAGUUCUGUACACUUGUGUGUUUGAUAAUACAUGUGAUUGUAACAGAGGUAUUUGCAUUUUUUAAAAGCUACAUCUUAAAAUGUCGGUACUGGUUAAGGAAAAAUAAAGAGUGCUGAUAUUUACUGCA